CUGCUGAUGGUUAAGAAACACAGAGGGAUGUAUAACAAGGCCAGAGGUUACACUCAGGCCCAGUUAGUCUCUCUAAUCUGCUCGUCUAAAAGCGUAGCCUCUGAGGGGAGCAGGGUGCAGCUCCUCAGCAAACAGCCAUGGCUUUUGGAUGCGUUUUAUGGGUUUCUUGGAUUUGUUUUUUGCUGUUUGACGGCAGUGAUGGUUUGCCAGCUAUAAAAGGGUAUGGAUAUCCAUACACGUCUGACUUGCGUAACCUAGGCGAUGAUGGAGAAGAUGAAGUGUUGACCUCUCCAACCUCAGAGAGACCUGUUAAUGGUGAUCUGAGAGACUGGGGCCUGGAAAACCCAGCAAAGCCUCAACCAGGCCUGAUCAAACCUCAGUCAACCUCACUUGAUGUUGCUUCUCUAAACAGUAUGGACACCUCUCCGAGCACUAGUGGUGCUGGUCAUUAUGCUCAAGCAAUCUCUUCCUACAAGCCUGCUUCAUCUAGCCAGUCUCAGGCUGCGAAUUCUCCUGGCUCCAGUGCACAUGGGGGUGACUCUCAUAACAUUCCCCGUCUUGUCUUUGAGCAAGUCUUUCAAUAUCCCUCUGAAAAUAAGGACCCGGCUCCUUCAAGUAAUGACGGAGCCUCCAAUACUGCAGGAGAUUACAGCCUAGCCCAUGGCAUGAGUGAGGGGUCUUCAAGUGAAAAUGCCUCAGAAUCCUCAUUCCCAAGUUACCCAGCUAAUGCAGGAGCUCAGCCCGUCUUCACAUCUGGGGAAAGAAGUUCAUCCUCCCUUAACUUUGGUCAAACAAGUUACUGGCCACACAAUGACAAGACCACCUCUUGGCUUCCACAAGAACCAGUGAGCACCCAAAAAGUGGUUUCCCCAUGGGUGAGUAAGCCUCUCUUACCUCCUACACCACCUCCAAGCUACAUUAUCCAGUCCAGGAAUGGCUACCAGCGAGACAGUGAGGUGUCAAAGGGCCUGUAAUAAGCCAACCAGCUGCCCCUAAGGGUGCCAGGAACCCUCAAAGAACAAAAUGGUAACUGGCAUGGAUGUUGUGCCAACCGAACAGGUACAUGUUUCAAUUAAUCUCAAUGUUUCACAGUAACUGUCCUGUGACCAUUAACCUCUGCUUUCUUGCUUGCAGAAUGAUGUGCCCUCAAAAGCAAAUAAAGGUUUUUAAAUUUGAA